ACCUCUCUGCAGUCAGGGUGGGUUUCCGGAAGGAGCCUGGGUCCUGGGGUCCGUUUUGGCGUUGCUAGGAAGUUGGCUUCCGCGGUGGUCUCCUGUGUCUGAGUUUCAGCGGGGAGGAAGCGGAGCGCGGGCCAUGAGGCAGAAGCACUAUCUCGAGGCUGCGGCGCGAAGCUUACAGGAUAGCUGCCCUGGCCAAGCCCGCUAUCUCCUCUGGACCUACUCUUCGUCACACGAUGACAAGAGCACUUUUGAAGAAACGUGUCCGUAUUGUUUCCAGUUGUUGGUUCUGGAUAACUCUCGAGUGCGCCUCAAGCCCAAGGCCAAACUGACACCCAGAAUACAGAAACUUCUUAAUCGAGAAGCUAGAACUCAUACACUUAGUUUUAAAGAAGCAAAAAUCGUGAAAAAGUACAGAGACUCCAAAAAUGUAUUGUCGAUUACUUGUAAGACUUGCAACAGAACAGUUAAACAUCAUGGUAAAAGUAGAAGCUUUCUGUCAGCGUUGAAGAAUGUUCCUGCUACUCCUACAAGUAAACUCGGCCCAAAGAGACCAGAAAAAAAGACUUCAAGCUCCACAGAUGUAUCUGAUUCCAAAGGCCAGAGCCCAGCGUUCAUUUUCAGAACACCUCCAUCUGGCCAGUCAACACCCAUUUGCUCCUCAAAGAGUGGGAGCAAAAGAAAGAAACACUUCUCUCAGCUAAAAAUGCUGCUCAGUCAGAGUGAAUCCCAAAAGGAUCCAAAAGUAGACUUCAAAAGUUUCUUAUCUUCACUGUGAAGACUGGACUUUGAAAAUAUGAGAUGUCUACUGUAAUUUUUCUUUCUUUCUUUCUUUUUUGGUGGCACUGGAGGUUGAACUCAGGCCUUGUGCGUGCCCAGCAGGCACUCUACAGCCUGAGCUGAAAUCACAACCCCAGUCUACUAUGAUUUCAGAACCUACAAUUAGUAAAACAGUUUGUUUUUUUUUUUACUUUUAUUUAUUCUUUGAAUAAAUGGAAACUAGACUCAGGAACAAA